AUGGCAACCAAUAUUAAGAAAAAGCCCAUCACUCGCAACAGGGAAACUCUCACUUGCCUUCAAUGCAGAGCAAGGAAAUUGAAGUGCGACAAAGAGCUACCUUGCGCAUCGUGUGUGAAGCGGAACGAUGGAGGAUCUUGCUCUUACGUCAAGACUGGCGCGAAGAAAGAACCACCCGAAUCGACUCGAGCAGCCAAGGCCGAAGCAAGACUGCAGCAUCUUGAACAGUUGAUCGAAGAGUAUGCGACUCGAUCUGAAGGACCCGGUCCAGGAAGUCAUCCGAGCGAUGGCAGUAACGGCACCAGCGGCACCAAUGGAAGCAAUGGUAACAGCAUCGCCAAUGGUGAUUCACAUCUGUAUACCGGCGCCACUCAUUACUCUGCUAUGCUUGACGGGAUUGAAGAACUGAGGCAGCUUCUGCACGAGGACGAGCCUGGCUCAGCCAAUUCGCCAUCUAGUAAGGAUUCUAUUUCGGAUGAGACAGAUGUUCUCUUUGGUAGCACGCCACGCCUACCACUCACCACUGUCCUGGCGAACAAUCUACCGUCGAAAUUGGAGGUUGAUCGAAGGCUCGCGGCGUACUUCAGGGCCCAGGCCAUCUCUGCUGCAUGUAUCCACACACCUCAAUUCAUGCGGCAAUACGAUGAGUUCUGGUGGAACCAGACGGCGACCUCACCAUUAUGGAUCUCCAUCCUCUUCUCGAUGCUUCAUCUUUCAAACAGUGUUGGGCGAGGCUCAUGGUCCGAGAGAACGAACGGGGACUCCCCAGAACCAAAGUACAACUUCUCUCUUGCUGCGGCACAUUGCCUUGCUCUUGGAAGAUACCACCGGCCACAGCGGUUUGCUGUUGAAUCUCUUGCUGUAUAUGUACAAGCCAAGGUUAUUGAGACCCUCGACCCGUCCCCUGCUCUUGGCUUGCUUUUCGGCACCUUGAUCCAGUCUGCCUACAGCAUGGGCUACCACAGGGAGCCGACGAACUUCAAGAACCUCACACCAUUCGAAGGCGAAAUGCGUCGUAGGACGUGGUCGUUUGCCAUGCAGCUGGACCUCUUGAUCAUGUUCCAGCUUGGGCUGCCGAAUACUGUUCAAUUUGGGAGCUGGGACACCCGACCGCCUUCGAACUUGCAAGAUACAGACUUUGAUGAAGACACAGCAGUUCUACCUCCGCCAAGGCCAGAUACGGAGCCAACGAGGGUCACAUUCUACACCGCAAAGCAUAUGUUGAUGAAGAUCUUUGACAAAAUUCUGAGACACUCCCUCUCGGUUGGCGAGAUCAAACCUGAGCACGACCUCCUCGCACUCCACCAGGAGCUUGUUCAAACAUACGACUCAAUCCCUGCAGUGCUACAUUACCGCAACGUCUCGUCGUCCAUCUCGGAUCCAGCGUACCUCGUAGUGACUAGGAAGUGCGUGGAGCUCAUGUACCAGAAAUGCCUCUGCGUUCUCCACCGCAAACACGUCUUGUCCGGGAGACAAGACAGUAUUCGCGUAUGCUACGACGCAGCCUCACAAGUCGUGAAAGCUUUCCUCGAUAUGUAUCCAGAGUUCAAGCCUGGUGGUCAGUUCUUCGAAGACCGCUGGCUACUCGGCAGUAUCACAUGGACGGACUGGUUACUCGCAGUGAUGACACUGUCUCUGGUGCUCUGUCAGCUCAGGAGGGCGAUCGUACCAGGCUUUACGGAAGCUGAAUACAACAACAUUCUACAUCUACUCAGAUCAGCAAACGAGAUCUGUCUCGAGAAAAUCGACGAAAGCGUUGCAGGUCGACGCAGCGCAAGGAUGCUGCAAGCCCUACUCGCUCAGGAGACCAAUGGCCAGAAGGUCAUGAAUGGUAACGGUACCACGCCCUCACUCGACACACCUGCGCAAGUCGCUCAAACUUCAGUACCGGCUCUGAGUGAAGGAGACUACGACAUGUGGCAACAAAACCCAGACCUCGAUAUCUUGCAGGGAUGGAGUGAUCCUUAUUCGAAUGUUUUUGAGACGCAGGAAUGGGCGUUCUUGGAACAGUGUAUGAAUGCAGACUUUCAGAUGCAGUAG